CGAGGUGGCAGAAAAAUGUUUUGCAAUGUAAUUAUAGGCUACGUAGUGCUGACGUGAUUUUUACACAUCCUGCCUCGAAUCGAUCGACUGCUCUGAUCAACUGCUCUCAUUUACUAAUUAGCUCGCAGCUAUGGAAUGCAAGAAACUCCUUUGUGCAUUUGCUUUUCUUUGCCUUGUCGCUGCAGUUCUUGGCUUUGCCGUAGGGGCAUCGGACGAAAGAAAGGAAUUAGAGGGAACGAAGGAAGAGAAAAAGGUCGAUGAUGAAAACCAAAAGGGCGUGGAAUUGAAGAAGGAAGAUCAAAAGCCAGUACGACCUAUACCUUCAGAUGGAAAGUCGGGAGCGUUCAUUCGAGUGAACAGAAAUGGACAGCAGAGAAUUUUUGUGAUAAGGCCGGCCAGAAGGGCACAACAGAAGAGUAGAAACGCAGCUUUGACAAUUAACAAGCAAAAUGCACCAAGGGUUUUGGUUAACACGCAGAACGUUGCACCGAGAAUUCCACCUUAUCAGCAGCCUGGACUUUGGCCAGCAGGGCCUGUAAGAGAUGUCAAUACUGGCCGGGGAAUUGUCAACACAGGCGAAUUCCAUUACGAUUACCCUGAAAACCAUGACGUGUACGAUGUCAAGUACGUGUAUCCACGGCAGAAUCGGAAGCUGACGACAAAAACCAAACCGAAGAAACAACAACAUGGGUCUGACGAAACAUCAGAGGAGCAAAUUACAACUGUUAAAAAUCAAGUCAACCCGUACUUUUACUAUGAGGAUCACAGUUUCCCAUGAUUUCAAU